GCGGCAGAAAAACACAUUUGUCGACGAACGACCAAUUUUUUUCUUCGGUCAUGAGCGGCCCCGCAGCAAGCCUCAAACCUUUCGGUGCGUCUGCUCUUCUUCCUCUCUACCCGUUAGCAUAAUUAUCUUCCUUCACUUAACCCCUUAACUGUACCAACUCUGUCUGGUACUGUACCAGGCCAAUUGGAAGCACUGUCAGCGUCAGCUCCAUGGGCCAUUUUCCCUCGUAAGAAGCUCGACGUGACGUACGGGGACAUUGGAGCAGGUCUGGCUGCGUGUUUACAACUGCGCGAGCACCAGCGUCAGGAAUAUGAGCAGAAUAUCGCGAAUCUGUGGGAUCCCAGCGGUCAUGCAAUGGUCACUCUCUCCAUCCGAACGGGGUUUGAUCUCCUGCUGCAAACGCUCAAGCUGCCAGCCGGGAGUGAAGUGCUCUGCAGUGCCAUCACGAUCCCCGAUAUGAUCUACGUACUGCGGUACCAUGGACUAGUACCGGUUCCUGUGGAUCUGAACCCAGAGACACUGGCAGUGGAUGUGGAACUGCUAAAGAAAUCUAUCACAGAGAAAACGAGGAUGCUAUUGGUCGCGCAUGUCUUCGGCUCGCGUUUCCCGCUGGAUGAAGCGCUAGAAGUUGCGCGUAGCAACGAUUUGCUGGUUGUGGAGGACUGUGCACAGGCCUUUAUGGGCAUGCAGUACACGGGCGAGAACCGUGCAGAUGUGUCUAUGUUCAGCUUUGGCACGAUCAAGACGGCGACGUCGUUCGGUGGUGCGAUUAUCCACGUGAAAAAUUCUGCUGUGCUCGAAGAGAUGCGUCGUCGUGAGAAAAGGUAUCCAUGCCGCACGAACUUGUUCUUCUUCAAGAGAUUGGUGAAGUACGGUAUGCUGCAUGGCAUUUCCACGCCAGCAAUCUACGGACUAUUCCUCCAUGCCUGUCGUGCUGUUGGAGCUGAUCACGACAAAGUGAUCACAUCGGCAAUUCGUGGCUUCAGUGGUGGAGAGCUGGUGUCACUGAUCCAGUACCGCCCGUCGAUGGCUUUGCUUGGGCUGAUGCAUCGCCGCCUCAUCUGCAUGGAUGAACAGUAUGUACUUCAAAGAAAAUCCAAGAGCGAACGGUUGGCCGACGCCAUCAAGGAUCUUCCCAACGUCUCAAUCCCUGGUUAUUGUGCUGAGAAGCACUACUACUGGCUGUUCCCUGUCUGUGUGCCGUCCCCGAAAGAUGUCGUCAGCUACAUGAACAAGCAUGGUUUUGACGUCACUUCGGGUGCUACACAACUGACCUACGUCCCGAGGUACGAUGAGAGAUGGGUUUAUAAUUCUGCAGCUUUUAAAACUUGAUAUUUUCUUUUUGAAUGUGUGUGUGCAGCCCGCUUGGACAAGACCAUGACCCUGCGCACGCUAAGCACAUCAUGACCAGUUUGGUCUACCUUCCCGUUACCCCCGAAACUCCGGACUGGGCCAUCGAGAAGAUGAUGCGCUGUUUCCGAGACGCGAUUCAAUCGUCAAGCAGACUUUAACCAUGUUCAAAAUCAGACGCGAGCCUUUUGCCGACUAAUCAACCAAAACGACUUGCAAGGUGCAUGGUAGGGUUGUUGGAGCGCGUUUGAGUGUUCCCAUUCAUGCUCAAUAGAGAUGUGUAUAUUUUAUAAUUGUUCUUAUGACUGGUGUAUCAGAUCCUAUGUACUCUUUAGAAAAGAGUAUGCAAUAUCGCCGAGAGCAAAGUGACCGACACAACAGCCACAAGUGAGUUUUGGCGGUUCGCUUCGUUCGCCGUGGUUGUCGUAGCCGAUGAACCGCUGCUGCUGGUGCUGCCACUAGUACUGUCGCUAUUGCUUCCACUGGGAGUCGAGCUAUGCGUCCCCGAUCCCGAGCCAGUGGCCCAAGUUCCACUCGACUGUUGACCUUCGCAGGUAUGAGAUUGAACUGCCGUGGGGCAGCUGAAUUUACUUGCAACAGUGUCAGAUUCCCACGUGAUGUCGCUUAGUUUCGGGAAACCGGUGGGGCAGGUGGGUAGUACAGUUCGAUCCGACUUGAAUGCGCUCAUUUUGGUCUCACUAGUGACGUUAACAGCUUUGUAUUGCGUGGCGAGGUUGUCGUAGUUGGGCAUUGGCACGUAUUCACACUUGAUAUCAUCGUGAUUACAGUUCGCAGGCUUAAAGUAGCCGAGUCCGUAGUUCCCGGCGUCAUAGCUGGUAAAUGGAAACGCCGCCUUCACGUUCACGAUCUCAGUCGAGUAUUCAAAGGCAAAGCCUCCAGAGAAUGUCUUGCGGAAGUCAGAGGAGAACAACCAGCCUGCCUGAAGCCACGUACGCUGAGCCUCAUACUCUCCGACUUUCGGGAACUUUACGUUCAGGCAUCCGUAUUCUGUCAGCAUUACCGGGAUGGUCAUUCCGUACGACGCGAAAUCUGUCUGGAGUUUGUUGAAUCCGGUAGCAGCCGCGAGAGUCUUCUGGUCGUGGUCGCAGUACUGGUAUGCGUUGAUACCAUACCACUCGGCAUUCUCGUACUUGUCGUUGUUGCCGCGGCAAUUGUAGUACUUUGCGUUGACUUCGCGAUUGUUUUUCGCUGUGUCAGGAUCGGCCACGACAAGCCCAACGGGGAUCUUGCGGAUACUGGAGCAUUCUCCGAUAAAGUUGCGCAUAUCGCGAACGAACUUCUUCUGGCAUGGUGCAUUGAUCGCAGCGUCCUCGGGUACUUCGUUAUUGACCUCAUUUCCUGCGCUAAAGGCCUGCCAAGAAGAAAAAAAAUAUGAACAUAGGUUUAUCGUCACAAAUAGCAUAAAGUAAUAAACGUACCAGCACGUUGUCAUACUUGGCAAAUGCCAGGAUAA